AUGACUUUCUCUAAUCGGGUUUCGGUUGCCAUCAUUGGAGGUGGUAUCGGUGGGCUCAGCCUCGCCAUCGGCCUGCUUCAGAACAAAAACCUGGAUGUCGCCAUCUACGAAACCGCACCCAAGUUCGCCGAAAUCGGGGCCGGCGUUGCCUUGGGCCCAAAUGCCCAACACGCUCUCGCCCUGAUUUCCCCCGCCGCCGAGCACGCAUUUCGAAUCCACGCAACGACUAGUCUCUCGCCGGAAUUCGAACACGUCUGGUUUGAUUUCCGGAACGGCAACGCCGGGGAAAAAGACGGUGAGGUCCUCAGCAAAGUCGAGAAUGAGACCGGCCAGCAAACGGUCCAUCGGGCGAAAUUCCUCGACGAGCUCGUUAAGCUCAUUCCGCGGGAAAUCGCCCACUUCGGCAAGCGACUCAUCCACAUCCAGAAAGAUCCUGUGUCCGGGGGUGCUCAGUACAAGCUCUUCUUUGAAGAUGGAACGACGGCCUCUGCCGACUGUGUCAUUGGCGCUGAUGGAAUCCACAGUUCGGUCAGGAAGCAUUUGCUCGGAGAAAGCCAUCCUGCUGCCACCCCAGUGUUCACCGGAACUGUGGUUUAUCGUGGCCUUAUACCGAUGGAUGUCGCCCGCGACGCCAUUGGCGAAUUUGCCGAUAAUUCGUAUAUGUGGUGCGGGGACGGGGGCAUGGUCAUGACCUAUCCCAUUGAUCACGGCGAGACCCUGAAUGUGGUUGGAACCCGAAAUGACAAGGGAAGAUGGGACGGUCCCCCCUACACCAGGCCUGUGGACGAGGAAACAGUGCGGAACGAUUUUAUGGGCUGGGGAGAGAUCCCUAGCAAAGUCAUUCAGCCAACGAUGUGGGCCAUCCUGGACCAUUAUCCAGCGCCCUACUACUAUUCCGGCAACGUCGCGAUAAUGGGGGACGCCGCACAUGCAACCACUCCGUUCCAGGGUGCUGGUGCGGGGCAGGCAAUCGAGGAUGCAUUGGUCUUAUCGACCCUCUUUCAGCGGGUCACCCACUCCGGACUGGUGAGGCCUGCCUUGGCCGCGUACAACAAUGUCAGACUACGCCGGACUCAGAAGGUUGUCGCCACCAGUCGCGAUGCACUGAGAUUGUUCUGUUUCAACGACCGCUAUGUGGACGGAGACGCGCAGCGCUGGAGAGAGGUGUGGAACGGCCGCAUGGAUUGGCUAUGGGGAAUGGAUUUGGAGAAACAGAACAGGGAUGCAGUCAACCUUUUUGCGGACAUUGUUGAGAAGCAAUCGUCUGCUAGGGAGACAAUGCCCAAAUUUGGGCCCGUCCCCUUCCCUGUGGCAACAUCUACUGUUUGA